AUGGGGCAGCAGCCGGGAAAAUUUGCAGGGGACCAGAGGAGACCCAGUCUGCCAGCUUUCAUCAAAGGUGGAAAGAAGGAGUCAUCACGACACGGGAGCCAGCCCUGUAAUGUGUUCGCGGUACACGAAGCCCUUCAGAAACCAGACUUCGAAGGCCAGUGUCUGACCGAAGCCGCCCGCUGGAACUCUAAAGAAAACCUUUUGGCUGGUCCCAGUGAGAAUGACCCCAACCUCUUCGUCGCACUCUACGACUUUGUGGCCAGCGGCGACAACACCCUCAGCAUCACUAAAGGUGAGAAGCUCCGCGUACUCGGAUACAACCACAAUGGCGAGUGGUGCGAGGCUCAGACUAAGAACGGCCAGGGCUGGGUGCCGUCCAACUACAUCACUCCGGUCAACAGCCUGGAGAAGCACAGCUGGUACCACGGCCCAGUCUCGCGUAACGCCGCCGAAUACCUGCUGAGCUCCGGGAUCAACGGGAGCUUCCUGGUGCGAGAAAGCGAGAGCAGUCCAGGCCAGCGCUCCAUUUCUCUGAGAUACGAGGGGCGGGUCUACCACUACCGGAUCAACACCGCGUCAGACGGAAAGCUGUAUGUGUCUUCGGAGAGUCGCUUCAACACUCUGGCAGAGCUGGUGCACCAUCACUCCACGAUCGCAGAUGGUCUGAUCACGACGCUGCACUAUCCCGCCCCCAAGAGGAACAAACCCACCAUCUACGGCGUCUCCCCCAACUACGACAAGUGGGAGAUCGAGCGCACUGACAUUACCAUGAAGCACAAACUGGGAGGCGGCCAGUACGGCGAGGUGUACGAGGGCGUGUGGAAGAAGUACAACCUCACUGUCGCCGUCAAGACGCUGAAGGAGGACACGAUGGAAGUCGAGGAGUUUCUCAAGGAAGCUGCUGUGAUGAAGGAAAUCAAACACCCCAAUCUGGUCCAACUCCUCGGUGUUUGCACGAGAGAGCCCCCGUUUUACAUCAUAACAGAGUUCAUGACCCACGGUAAUCUGCUGGACUAUCUGAGAGAGUGCAACAGGGAGGAAGUGAACGCCGUGGUGCUCCUCCACAUGGCCACGCAGAUCUCCUCCGCCAUGGAAUAUCUGGAAAAGAAAAACUUCAUCCACAGGGACCUCGCGGCUCGGAACUGUCUUGUGGGAGAGAAUCAUUUGGUGAAAGUUGCGGACUUCGGUUUGAGCAGAUUGAUGACGGGAGACACCUACACGGCACACGCUGGGGCCAAGUUCCCCAUCAAGUGGACCGCCCCCGAGAGCCUGGCCUACAACAAGUUCUCCAUCAAGUCUGACGUGUGGGCGUUCGGGGUGUUGCUGUGGGAGAUCGCCACCUACGGGAUGUCUCCGUAUCCGGGCAUCGACUUGUCGCAGGUUUAUGAGCUGCUGGAGAAGGACUACAGGAUGGACCGACCCGAAGGCUGCCCCGAGAAGGUCUACGAACUCAUGAGAGACUGUUGGAGGUGGAGUCCGUCUGAGCGCCCGACCUUCGCUGAAGCUCAUCAAGCGUUUGAGACGAUGUUCCAGGAGUCGAGCAUCUCUGACGAGGUGGAGAAAGAGUUGGAGAAAAAGGGUAAAAAGGUGACUCUGGGCUCCGUCCAACAGGCUCCAGAGCUGCCCACAAAAACCAGAACUCUGAGGAAGAACGUGGACCGAGACGACACUUCUGAUUUCCUGGAGUCUGAGGGAGUGGUGUCGUCGCCGAUGCUGCCGAGGAAAGAGCGCCCCCUCCUGGACAGUAACCUGAACGAGGACGAGCGCCUGCUGCCAAAGGACAAAGACAAGACUCGCGGCAGUGGUUUCCUGAGUCUCAUCAAGAAGAAGAAGAAGAACGCUCCGGCGCCGCCAAAACGCUGGUCCUCGUUCAGAGAAGAGGCUGCGCCUGAACGCCGGGGCCUCACGGUGGAGCUGCGAGAGGCCCCUGAGAACAACGGGGCCCCUCAUGCUAACAACGGAGCAGUGGGGGUCGUUAACGGAGCCCCCACGUAUCCCGGACCCGCGUUCCCGAGGAAGAAGUACAACCCAACAACGCCAGGAUCCAAGAUGGCGACGACACCCACGAGCGAAGAGGAGCUGACCACGUCCAAGCGCUUCUUGUGGUUGUCCAGCCUCCCCACCGGAACCGACCGGUCCGAGUGGCGGUCUCUGACUCUGCCUCGAGACCUGGGCCACCGCAGCGUGCACUCUGUCCGACCGGCGUUGCCGCUGAAGCGGGCGAGCGAGCAGAAGAGCGAGCCCCGCCCACGCCGAGGCACCCUCACUCCGCCGCCGCGUCUGCCCAAGAAGUCGGAGGAGGGCCCUGACGAGUUCUUCAAAGACACGGAUAAGAGUCCCAGUCCAGGGUCCAGUCCUCAGGCGCUAACCCCGAAGAUGGUGCGAAGACCUGGUCCUGGAGUGGAGAACUCGAAAACCAGCGCUCUUCACGCCGAGUUACUGAAAACAAACGCGUUUCCAGCUUUAGGAGCGGCGGGCGACGAGUGCAGAGCGAGACGGAAUAAGUUUCAAAAACCCAAACCAGCGCCUCCACCUCCUCCCACUAACCCCAAAAAAGUGUCGCGGAGUCCCACUCAGGAGCCGCCCUCUCCCUCAGAGUCCAAAGGCAAAGUCUGUUCCACGCCUGAACCACAACCACCGACCACGGAUCAGCCGCGGCCGCCCUCUGCCGACGGCUGCAAGAAGCAUUCCCUGAGCACCAAACCACUGAAGACGUCCAGCUCGGCGAACUCAGUCACGUCCUCUCUCUCCAGCCAGAGCCUCGGGGGUUUCUCUUCUUCUCUUGUUUCUCCCGGAGAGCAGACUUUGGCCCCGGCGUUCAUUCCUCUGGUGGACACGCGGCGGUCACUGCGUAAGACGGCCCCGCGCUCCUCGGCCGAGCGCACCCCGAGCUCGGCCGUGACGCGGGAGAUGGUUCUGGAAGGGACCGAGCUGCUGCGAGUCGCCAUCGGCCGCAACUCGGAGCAGACGGGGAGCCACAGCGCCGUGUUGGAGGCCGGGAAGAACCUGUCCAAGUUCUGCACCGGCUUUGUGGACUCCAUUCAGCAAAUGAGGAACAAGUUUGCGUUCCGAGAGGCCAUCAACAAACUGGAGAGCAGCCUGCGAGAGCUGCAGAUCUGCCCCACGUCCCCGGGCGCCAACGCACAGCAGGACUUCCACAGGCUGCUUUCGUCCGUCAAAGAGAUCAGUGACAUUGUUCGGAGGUAG